UGUCGUCAAAAACAAUUAGCAGUUAACUGGUAGUUUCGGUUGGCAGAAGAAGAAAAAAAGAAAGACUCUCCGCAGGAAAGAAAAGAGAUGAACCAAAAUGAAGAAAUCGCCGCUGUCAAUGGCGGUGUUACUGGUGGCGAUAAAGAAAAUUUAGUCUCAAAUGAUGGCGGUUCUGCUGGUGUUGUGGGUGUUGGGAGUGGACUUGUUAAUUUAGGAGGAGGAAUUAGAGAUGAUAAAGUUAAAGGACCAUGGUCACCUGAUGAAGACGCGAUUUUGAGUAGACUAGUUAGUAAAUUUGGGGCAAGAAAUUGGAGCUUAAUUGCAAGAGGAAUCCCUGGAAGGUCUGGUAAAUCUUGUCGUCUUCGUUGGUGUAAUCAGCUUGAUCCUAUUCUUAAACGCAAACCCUUCACUGAGGAAGAGGAUAUGCUUAUAAUUAAGGCCCACGCAGUCCAUGGAAAUAGAUGGGCAGCCAUUGCAAGGAUUUUACAAGGGAGAACAGACAACGCUAUAAAAAACCACUGGAAUUCAACUCUUAGGCGAAGGUGCAUCGAGUUAGGUCAGUAUAGGGGCACACUGACUUCGGGAACGAUGGAAGAUGCCAGCCAGGACAAGACCAAAGCAUCCUCUGAAGAAACUCUAUCCUGUGGGGACGUAAACACUUCUAAGUCCUUGGAAGGAAAGGAUAUAGUCGUCAACUCCAUUGAAAACACACCCAAUGAGUUUCCAGAAAGGACUGUAGUGGAUCAGAUGAAACCAAAAGAAACGCCUACCCUCUUCCGACCAGUGGGACGUGUUAGUGCAUUCUCUGCUUAUAAUCCUUUACGUAGCUCCACAACUGAUUCCAUGUGCUCGAGGGUAGUCCCACGACCUGGGCCAUUGAUCCAAGGGCCAAAACCGGAUGUUGGGAUCUGCCAAUUGCUAGAACGUGUUCGUGGUGAUCCCUUGGUUCCCUGCCAGUGUGGUUAUAGCUGUUGCAAUGGUGGUGCUCGAGUGGAAAGUCAAAACUCUCUGUUGGGGCCCGAGUUUGUUGAGUUUGUUGAGCCACCAUCCUUCUCAGCUCAUGACCUUGCGUUGUUAGCCACGGAUAUAAGUAAUAUGGCAUGGAUCAAGAGUGGCGUGGGACAGAUAUUGGAUAAUGAGUCUGCUUCACGAGAAAUUCCGAUCCAAGCGGGAACCCUCGUAAAGACUAGGAGGAAUGAUCAUCCACGAUUUGAAGAGGGAAGGAACAAAUUGACGGGCAUGAUGAGUGACGCGCUAUCUACCCAAAUGUCUAUGCAACAAUUUGCAUUACCAGCAAAAAGUUAGAAAGAUGCACAAGAUUUCAACUGCCUGUUGUUCCUGCUGCAGUUUUUAAACCCAGUUAUACAUGCCUGGGAAAUAUAAGAGAGACUCUUAAAUAACUGUACUUUUGCAACGCAAUCGUUCAGGUAACGGCUUCAUUUCAUAUCCUUGCUGUAGUUAAAACCAAGCUGCUUCGAAUUAAGCAGGGGGGGGGGGGAAUACAGAGAAGCAGUUUCUAUUUUGAAAGUCGAAACGGGUUUAAGAAGUAAAGCAAUCAGAAAAUGUUUGUGAAUAUAUACGUUUGGUCCAGCUUUCAUGGUUGAAAAUGCUAUUAUACAUUGCCUUUUGAAGACGUACCGAAUAGAAGUAAGGGAGAUCCAUUGGAAUGUUGGGACUCACACACCCUCAGCCUAUGGCGUAUGACUAGGAUCUCUCCUUAAUUUGCCUUUGGUUACCGGAAUCGUUUCACUCUCUUUCGGUUAUCGCAGUCUUAAUAUUUUCAAUACGUUUGGUUGUGUCGCGCCUAACUUCAACUCUUAUUAGUUACCAAGUAUGCGCAUAGUCUAGUGUUGGUGUUUUGAUAAAAAUGACCUAGUGUCUCUCAGUGAGAUUACCAUAACCAGGACCUUGUACAUAGAAUU